AUGAUUCUGCCUACUCCUAUCAAGCUUCUCCUCGCCUUGAGCGCCUGCUCUCUGGCAGAUCAGGACCCAGCAGUCCAAGCAGGUAUCGACGCCGUCAACGCAGCCAUCCAAGCUGGACAAGAUGCAGCAAACGCAGGAAUCAAUGCCGCCAACCAAGGCACACAAGCUGGUGAGAAUGCCGCUCAAGCAGCUCAAGAUGCUGCCAACCAAGCUGCUCAAGCGGAUCAAAGUGCUGCUGACGCCGGUAUUCGUGCCGGACAGACAGCUGCAGAAGCAGCCGCCAGCAUCGCUUCGGUGUACGGUGAGAACGCAGCGAGCAUAGCUGCUGCCGUCGGUCCCAAAAUCUGGAGCGAAGCAACGUCAAUCGCUGGAUCACAAUAUUCUCUCGCCACUGCGAUUGCUGGAAGCCUCUACAGCGAAGCCACGUCGAUCAACGGCGAGAUCUAUACUUUCGUCACUUCCGUUGGCAAUAGUGUUUACACCGUGGCGACUAAUGCGGCCGGAUCCAUUGUUUCCACGAUCACGAGCGAAGCUGGCGCGAUUGUCACGACCAAUGCUGCUGGAUCGACAAUCACUUCUGCAACCACUGCCGAAGCUACUCGCAGUCCGACUAUCACUGCGACAGGUACGGGCACUACUCUCGAAGCUGGUGCAGUGCAGAGCAAAGCUCCGCUUGCUGUCGCCGGAGGCUUGCUUGGGGCUGGCUUGGCUGUCGUGGCUUUCUUGUGA